UGACCUAGUUCAUACAACAGAAAGCCUUCGGCAAUCGAAAUUAUCUGCUGUGAAAGCUGAAAAAGAAAGUGCCAAUUUUGAUUUUGUUUUGGAACCCUAUAAACUUGAAAAUGCAAGGUUGAGUAAGGAAAAUAAUGAGUUAUACCUGGAGUUAAUGAAACUGAGAGAACACUCAGACCAACACAUGAAAGAGUUGAAAACUACAUUGAAGAAAUGUGCACGCGAAACUGCUGACCUGAAAUUUCUAAAUAACCAAUAUGUUCAUAAACUCAAACUUUUGGAGAAAGAGAGCAAAGCUAAGAAUGAAAAAAUUCAGCAACUUCAAGAAAAGAAUUUGCACGCUAUAGUACAAACUCCAGGUGGCAAGAAAAGAAGUAUUGCUUUCAGGCGCCAGCGUAUGCAGAUUGAUGAGCCAGUUCCUCCUUCUGAAGUCAGUUCUUAUCCAGUUCCACAACCAGAUGACCCUUACAUUGCAGAUCUACUGCAAGUGGCUGAUAACAGGAUUCAAGAACUUCAGCAGGAAGUCCACCAGUUACAAGAAAAGUUAGCAAUGAUGGAAAGUGGAGUGAGAGAUUAUAGCAGACAGAUUGAGCUAAGAGAACGAGAGAUAGAACGACUGUCACUUGCUUUGGAUGGUGGUCGCUCCCCUGAUGUCCUGUCUCUGGAGACUAGAAAUAAAACCAAUGAAAAGCUUAUUGCUCAAUUAAACGUUCAGGUUGACUUUCUUCAACAAGCUAACAAAGACCUGGAGAAGCAUAUCCAAGAGCUUAUGGAAACCAAGGAAACAGUGACGACUGAAGUUGUUAAUUUAAGUAACAAAAAUGAAAAACUCUGCCAAGAAUUAACUGAAAUAGACCAGUUAGCACAGCAGUUGGAAAGGCAUAAAGAAGAAGUGCUUGAGACUGCUGAUAAGGAACUUGAGGAAGCGAAGAAAGAGAUUAAAAGAAAGCUCUCUGAAAUGCGGAAUCUUGAAGAUACAAUGGCAAAACUUCAACUGGAAUUAAGCUUAUGUCAUAAAGAAAAGGAGCGACUGAGUGAUGAACUCCUUAUAAAAUCAGACCUGGAAACUGUUGUUUAUCAGCUUGAACAAGAAAAGCAAAGACUUAACAAAAAACUACAUUGUUUUGAGAUUUAACCACUUUAAUCUACAGAAAGAGAACUUACUCUGGAAGUUGAGAGGAUGAGGCUAGAACAUGGAAUAAAACGUCGAGACAAGUCACCUUCUCGUUUAGAUACAUUUCUGAAAGGCAUAGAAGAAGAACGAGAUUAUUACAAGAAAGAGCUAGAAAGACUGCAACACAUAAUACAGCGAAGAUCUUGCUCUACAAAUUAUUGUGCACGUGAAAAAAGUACAAUGUUUAAAGCAUCAGAAAAGGGUGAUUAUAAUUCAGAAAUUUACCUGAUCACAAGAGAAAGAGAUGAACUUCAGUGUAUGCUUGAAAAAUUUGAAAAAUAUAUGGAGGAUAUACAGUCCAAUGUUAAAUUAUUGACAGCAGAAAGAGAUAAACUAAGUGUCUUAUAUAAUGAAAAUAUCGAGGAAAUGAGUCAUUUUGGAAAAUCAGAAUUAGAGAAAACUAUUGAACAUUUGACAUGUGUUAAUCAUCAGCUUGAAAGUGAAAAAUAUGAAUUAAAGUCCAAAGUGUUAAUAAUGAAAGAAACAAUAGAGUCAUUAGAGAACAAAUCAAAACUGCAAGCUCAAAAACUUAGCCAUGUGGCUGGUGACUCAUCUCAUCAGAAAACAGAGAUGAACUCACUUAGGAUAGUAAAUGAGCAGCUACAGCGGUCACUUGAUGACUGUCAGCACCGACUUUCCAUAAAAAGAGGUGAACUUGAAUCAGCCCUGGCACAAAUUAAGAUACUGGAAGAAACUAUAGAUAAACUAAACCUAAAGAUGACUUCACAGGAUCAGGAGGCUCAUGUAAUGAAAAAAACUAUUGGUGUUAUUGAUAAAGAAAAAGAUGUUCUUCAGGAAACUGUUGAUGAGAAGACAGAAAAGAUUGCAAACUUACAAGAAAACAUCGCUAAUAAAGAAAAAGCUAUUGCUCAUAUGAAGAUAACAGUCUCAGAGUAUGAAUUAUCCAUGAACCAGCUAAAAGAAACAUUGACUAAUCAAGACCGUGAGAUAAGCAGCCUCCGGCGCCAGCUUGAUGCAGCUCACAAAGAACUUGAUGAAGUAGGAAGAUCUAGAGAAAUAUCUUUUAAGGAAAACAGAAGAUUACAAGAUGAUCUGGCUACAGUGGCAAGAGAAAACCAGGAAAUCUCGUUAGAAUUGGAAGCAGCAGUGCAAGAAAAAGAAGAAAUGAAGAAUAGAGUUCAUAAUUACAUAACAGAGGUGUCACGAUGGGAAAGCUUAAUGGCAGCUAAGGAAAAAGAAAAUCAAGAUUUGUUAGAUAGAUUUCAGAUGCUUCAUAACCGUGCUGAAGACUGGGAGGUGAAAGCCCAUCAAGCUGAGGGAGAAAGCAGCUCAGUUCGACUGGAACUUCUUUCUAUUGACACAGAGAGGAGACACCUUCGAGAAAGAGUGGAGCUAUUAGAAAAAGAAAUUCAGGAGCACAUAAAUGCACAUCAUGCUUAUGAAUCUCAAAUCUCAUCAAUGGCAAAAGCCAUGUCUAGAGUAGAAGAAGAGCUGAGACGUCAAGAAAAUGAGAAAGCAGCAGUAUUAAAUGAUUUAUCAUCUCUUAGAGAACUUUGCAUUAAACUUGAUUCAGGCAAAGAUGUUAUGACUCAGCAAUUGAAUUCCAAAAACCUCGAGUAUGAGAGGGUUGUAGUAGAAUUAGAAAAUGUAAAAUCAGAAUCAGAGCUGUUAAAAAAACAACUGUCAAGUGAGAGACAUACAAUUAAAAACCUUGAAUCAUUGUUGGCUACAAAUAGAGAUAAAGAAUUUCAUUCUCAUUUAACCUCCCAUGAGAAGGAUACUGAAAUUCAGCUACUUAAGGAGAAGUUAACCCUUUCAGAAAGCAAAUUAACUAGUCAAAGCCGGGAAAAUACCAUGCUUCGAGCUAAAGUGACGCAAUUACAAACAGAGUAUGAUGCUCUGAAAAGGCAGAUUUCAACAGAAAGAUAUGAACGGUAAGAAUAACUUGUUUAGCAUCACAGUGUUUUUAUGUAUUCCUUGUACUAUUCCAAAAAGGAUUUAAUA